AUGUAUCUACAGUGCUAUAUUAACGAGAAGGGCGAGAAGGUCUACACCACUAAGAAGGAAUCACCACUCGGGUCAGCCACUGAAUCUGCCCAUCCAGCCCGAUUCUCCCCUGAUGAUAAAUAUUCAAAGGAGAGAGUUUUGUUGAAGAAACGGUUUGGUCUUUUACCCACCCAGGGCGCACCUGUCAAGUACUGAAAGCAUGAACACACGUUGCUGCUGAUGUUCUUCUCUAUUAUUACUGCUGCUAUGUUGUCUCUUAAUGAAAUGUUGACUUAAACUGUCAUUACUUGUUAUGUCUCCACAUUGUGAUUUAAGAGAGCAAUUUUCGUGAACCUUUAAAAAGUGAAAACUUAGAGAGUUGUUAAUUUUCAAAUUUGAUAUAAUCUAAAUACCAAAGUCGAAUG